UCGGGGCCGCUCGGGCUGCGCUUCGCCGGGGCAGCAGCGGCGGCGGCCGCGCCUGUGGCUCAGGAUGCGGCCGGGGGGCGCGCUCCUCGCCCUGCUCGCCAGCCUGCUGCUGCUGCUACUGCUGCGCCUGCUCUGGUCCUCGACCGACGCGCCCGCCCGCUCCAGGCUGUGGGUGGAGGAAAGCAGGGAGGCUACCCACGGUACCCCCGCCGCGCUGAAGACGCUCAGGAGCCCGGCGACCCAGCCCCCGCGCACCAUGAACAGCACAUACCUGAAUGAGAAGUCACUCCAGCCGUCAGAGAGAUGCAAAAAUCUGCAAGCCGGCUUGGAGACUUUAUCUAACAAAACGAAAAAAGGCCACACUGAGCCUGGGGCUGGAGGAACGGGGACCUGGGGAAGGCGGUGGCGGCAGCACCAGCGCAGCCGAGUCGCCAGCGGCCUGUUGGCUUCCGGGGCGACCCCCAUAGGACAAGCGGCCCUCAGCAGCGAGUCCCGGUAUUCAGAAGAUGACUAUCUUCAGAUUAUCACAAAUAUCCAGAGCUGUCCAUGGAAACGACAAGCAGAAGAAUAUGAGAAUUUCAGAGCCAAACUUGCUUCCUGUUGUGAUGCCGUUCAAAACUUCAUUGUUUCUCAAAAUAACACUCCAGUUGGGACUAACAUGAGUUACGAGGUGGAAAGUAAAAGCGAAAUCCAAAUCAGAGAGAACGUUUUUGCUAUGUUGCCAGUGUCUCAGCCUUUUGUGGAGUACCCCUACAAUCAGUGCGCAGUGGUCGGAAAUGGAGGAAUUCUGAAUCAGUCUCUCUGCGGAGCUGAAAUAGAUAAAUCUGACUUCGUGUUUAGGUGUAACAUCCCCCCGACCACAGGGAAUGUUAGCAAAGAUGUUGGCAGUAAAACCAACCUGGUAACUCUAAACCCUAGUAUCAUACGACUAAGAUAUGGGAACUUAAAGGAAAAGAAGGCAAUGUUUCUGGAGGACAUGGCCACCUAUGGAGAUGCAUUCGUCCUUCUACCGGCAUUCUCCUUCAGGGCCAACACCGGGGCCUCUUUUAAAGUGUACAGCACACUGAAGGAGUCUAAAGCAAGACAAAAAGUUUUAUUUUUUCAUCCCAAGUACCUGAAAAACCUAGCCCUUUUCUGGAGGACUAAAGGUGUGACCGAAUAUCGCCUGUCCUCCGGCUUGAUGAUCACAAGUGUGGCGGUUGAACUGUGUGAGAGCGUGAAGCUGUAUGGCUUUUGGCCCUUCUCUAAAACUGCAGAGAACACAUCUGUCAGCCACCACUACUACGACAACCAUUUACCUAAACGCGGUUUCCAUGAGAUGCCCAAAGAGUAUAGCCAAAUUCUCCAGCUCCACGUGAAAGGAAUCCUCAAAUUGCAGUUUAGCAAAUGUGAAGUAGCCUAAGCAGAAGGUCUUAAAAUGGGAAUAAUUUUUAUAUAAUGCAGUAGGAAUUGUCUGUUGGUGCAUUUCCUCGACUGAAGCUUGAGUCCCCAGGAGACCUGUCGCACAGGAGCUGAAGCUAUUAUGAAGAUGACAAGAUGCAGCUGCUGCUGGAGAUGCCCCCUGAUGCAGAGAAAUACCUUGUCUCUCCCUUCCCCCCUGAGGCCCAGGUAUCACCCACAGCCUCCCCCUGGCUGGAACGCAGCCAGACUACUUGUCAAAGGAGAAUGGAAAAGGCAGCCUGGAAGGGCUCAAGGAGUAACAGAAGGACAGGAAAUGAAUCUGAGACCAAAUGGACCCAGAACUGACACGAGAUUUGCAAAUAUUAACUACUAUAUAUAAGAUAGAUGAACAAGUCUCUUCUGUAUAGCACAGGGAACUAUAUUCAAUAUAUUGUAGUAACCCAUAAUGAAAAAGAAUAUGAAAACAAAUGUAUGUAUGUAUAUGUAUGACUGAAACAUUAUGUUGUAAAACCAGAAAUUGACACCAUGUUGUAAACUGACUAUACUUCAAUAAUAAAACAAAGCAUUACAGUAUGUGAAUCAUAAAUAAAAUAAAAUGAAAUUAUGGAUAGCCGGUUAUGUCAGCACCAGUUAUAAAAUAAAUCGUCUUCUCCCUCCAGUGAACUGAAUGUUUUUAUAUUAAACUUUCAUAUAUCCUACCUAA